AUGGAAGGCAAGCUGGAGAAAAGGAGCGACAACCUCCUCCAGUUCUGGAGAAAAAAGCUCUGCGUCUUGACCAAGGACAGCCUUAACAUGUUCGCCGAUGGCCAGAAGAAGACCAAGUGCAAGGAGCUCAAGUUCCAGUCCAUCAAGAAGCUGGAUUGUGUGGAGAGGACGGGCAAAUACAUCUACUUCACCAUCGUCACCACGGACAACAAGGAGAUAGAUUUCCGCUGCCCCGAUGAAAGUAGCUGGAAUGCAGCCAUCACCAUGGCUCUAAUCGACUUCCAGAACAAGGAAGCCCUCCAAACGUUCAGGUCGCGUCAGAACAGCGAGAGGAGGGUGGCUCCAUGCAAGUGA